CUAUGGUCAAGCAAUUUGUUUCGAUUCAUCUGAAAAAGUCUCGUUAAAAAGUGCCAUCCAACAAUGUACCUCAGCAGAGUGCACAUCGCUGCAAUCGGAAAAUUCGGAGUGACAUUCAUUUUAAAGUCGACAUAGAAUUCAAGCAGGUAUAUAGCGAACAACAAAUCUUUAUUUUCGCUGUUAUACGGAUCAGCGCGCGUCGCUCACCCGCCUAACCGACGAAACUAAGAGGGGUAUCGUAAUGAUAAUCACAGAGUAUCAAAGGCGCCAUGAACUCCGUAUCCAUCAACGAAGAGAUGAAGAAAAAUCCAGAAUUGAAGGAGGAUAUCAAGGUCUUGGAAGAAUGGAGCGGUGGUCUGCUUCAUUUGCCGAAAAUUAGCGAAAGCGACUUCGCGCUUUUCCUUCACUGCAAUUCUUACGAUGUAGAAGCCACGAAAGAGCACAUCGAGAACUUCUACACCAUGAGGACUCAUCUGCCCGAGUUUUUCGCCGACAGAGAUCCAGAGAAAAACGCAACGUUGAGGAAAACGUUUGAUAGAGUGAGCGUCAUUUCUCUGGAAAAGUGUACCAAGGAAGGCUACGAAAUAAUUCUGGCGCGCUUGAUCGACACCGACGCCGACAACUACGUUUUCAACGAUGCCAUCAAGUAUCUUAACAUGGUUCUGGACAUCUGCGUCCACGAGGAAGGAACCAGUGACGGAUACGUGAUCGUCGUCGAUUUGAACGGAGCCAAUAUCUCGCACACAACUCGCUUGACCUGGCUGGGGUUGAAAAAAUUCAUGCUCUAUAUCCACAAGGCGGCUCCGAUCAAAUGGUCUUCACUACAUCAACACUGGAAAAUCUUCCAAUGAGUUGGAGGACUUCGUUGUGGAGAAAAUCGUGAAUAGUAUUUUCAUUGCAAGGCAUCCGUCUGUAUCAUCUGAGAUAAUUCUAAAGCGGAAUGCCCUUUGAGCGGACAAUCCAAACUUCACAGCUGAAUUAAACUAUAUUCACGCAACAUGCAUAUAAACUGUUCGUUCAAUUUGGAUUCUGUAUAUGGAAGAUACGACAGAUCUCAAAUAGUUACUAAGACUAGCAAAGGCCAGAGGGUUUGCAGGGAAAUAAAUGAAGAUUUUUAGUUUCAGAAGAUCUCUUUGCACUCAUCAAUGGAAAAAGGACCGGUACAGACUCUUCAUAAAGCUGAGAUCAAGAAGCUCGAGAGUUACCGCAAUUGGUUCUUGAAGUCCGAGACACAAUUCAAGGUCGAUGAAACGCUGAGAGCUGGAGGACCAAUGGAUGCAGACAAAUUAUUCGGCGCUGAUAUGCCUAAUUUUAGAAAUCUCGACAUUGAUUAAUCAACGCGCUAUAAUCUGAAAAUCCUAUACCUUUUGUGAUGCUAGUUUUUCUAGAAAAAUUGUCAGAAAUGAAAAUUCGUGGAAUUUAAAAUAAUUUUUGACAUUUAAGAUGAAAGCCUUGAAAAGACUGACGUAGAAAAUCAGAACUGGUUUUCUGCCUGGAUAGUGUCAUCACCGGAUAUUCUAUAAUACUUGCAUGGUUAAAUCAUCGAAAGGACUGAUUAUAGCAUUUGGAUUUAUUUUAAGUGAUGCAACGUUAUAUAAAACCAACAUCAUAAUGUAUCGUCAUUGUAAGACAUUGGCUGAGUUAUAAAUAAAAUGAAAUCAAGCAAAUAUUCCUAAGUGUAAGAAAACUAAAA